CUCAGCAGAGGGUCCCACACAGGGAGAGGGUGAGAACCCCCACCCCCCACCCCACUUGGCUGCCGUCGCACCCUCUCUGAUGUGGUUCCCGUGGCCUCCCUCGCUGAGCGGUCAGAAAGGGAGGCUCCCGUCAGUCUCGCCGCACUCUCUGACGUGAGAAUCGGCCGGGGACAGGCAGCCCGGGGCCCCAGCGGGCGGCAGCGCCGACUCUCAAUGGACGACAGUGUCACUUUCAAGAGGAAAUUUCUCCACAGACCCAUCUUCAGGUUGAGGUGUCUGGUGAAGCAGCUGGAGAGGGGGGAGGUCAACGUGGUGGACCUGAAGAAGAACAUUGAGUAUGCAGCCUCUGUUUUGGAAGCAGUGUACAUCGAUGAGACCAGGAGGCUCCUGGACUCAGAGGAUGAGCUCAGUGACAUCCAGGCCGACUCGGUGCCCCUGGAGGUACGCGAUUGGCUGGCCUCCACCUUCACCAGGAAGAUGGGCGUUGUCCGUCGGAGACCCGAGGAGAAGCCCCGGUUCCGCAGCAUCGUCCACGCUGUGCAGGCAGGGAUCUUUGUGGAGAGGAUGUACAGAAGGACGUCUAACAUGGCUGGCUUAACGUAUCCUCCUGUGGUGAUUGCUGCUUUGAAGGAUGUAGACAAGUGGUCCUUUGAUGUCUUCACCCUCCAUGAAGCCAGCAGUGAACACGCUUUGAAGUUCCUGGUCUACGACCUCCUCACCAGAUAUGACCUGAUCAACCGCUUCAGGAUUCCCGUUUCUGCCCUCGUCUCCUUCGUGGAGGCCCUGGAGGUGGGCUACAGCAAACACAGGAACCCUUACCACAACCUGACUCACGCCGCUGACGUCACCCAGACAGCGCACUACCUGAUGCUCCACACCGGCCUCAUGCACUGGCUCACCGAACUGGAAAUAUUAGCCAUGGUUUUUGCAGCUGCUAUCCAUGAUUUUGAACACACUGGGACCACCAAUAACUUUCACAUCCAGACCAGAUCCGAGGUGGCCAUUCUCUACAACGACCGCUCCGUCCUGGAGAACCACCACGUCAGCGCCGCCUACCGGCUCAUGCAGGAGGAUGAGAUGAACAUCUUGGUGAACCUGAGCAAAGAUGACUGGAGGGAGCUGCGGACCCUGGUCAUCGAGAUGGUCAUGAGUACGGACAUGUCCUGCCACUUCCAGCAGAUCAAGACCAUGAGGAGUGCCCUACAGCAGCCCGAGGGAGUAGACAAGGCUAAAGCGCUAUCUCUGAUGCUGCAUGCAGCCGACAUCAGCCACCCGGCCAAGGCCUGGGAGCUGCACUAUCGCUGGACCCAAGCCCUGAUGGAGGAGUUCUUCAGACAGGGUGAUAAGGAGGCAGAACUGGGCUUGCCCUUCUCCCCUCUGUGUGAUCGCAAGGCCACCAUGAUUGCACAGUCACAGAUAGGGUUCAUUGACUUCAUCGUUGAACCAACCUUCUCUGUCCUGAUCGACUCGACUGAGAAAAUUAUUACUCCUCUUAUAGAGGAAGCUUUAAGAACAGCGGACUCUGGAGACCAGAGGUCCAGCCUGAGCGGUGGGAGCAUGGGCACAGUGGUGGAGUCCGUGCAGAGGCACAGCGACCGGGGCUCAUCUGCUGAUCAAGGGGCUUCCAUAGACUACUCCCUGGCUGGCAUCGACCUGAAGCAUGUGCGACACACGCUGGCCAGUGUCAUCCAGCAAAACAAGGAGUGCUGGAAGGAGCUGGCUGUGCAAGAGCUGGCCAAUAAGGAGAGGGAGAUGUCCUCUGGCAGAAAAGGCCCAAUAGGGGACGAGAAGGUCGAGGCCUCUGACGGGACAGAUGCAGCGUCGUCACAGAACCGCCUGCAGAUGGACAGCGAGGCAGAGUCCAACGCAAACGAACUGAACAAUGCAAACUCCCAGAGCUCCCUGGAGCAGGAGCCCCCUUCACCGCCAGCAGAGGGCGAUGUUGGGUCACCGGAGACCGGCUCGGACGCGCAGGCGCCCGACUCCGAGCAGCCGCCGUGGAACGGCGACGGAGGGGAGAACCCAGAGCCAUGCCAGGAGAACCCGGAUGCCCCCUGAUGCCCACCGCCACAUCUUUGCUUCCCAGAUAUUUUUUCUGUUUUUGUACAUUGGUUUUAUUUUCAGUCUUUAAUGUAUUGUUAUUUAUUAAAGACGGGGUUCCUGCUCCCCCUUGCCACACUA